CGUCGCAAAAGCGCGACGGCAGAAGGGAAAAGCAGUGCUGGACAAGUAAAUUCAGGACGACUCUUAUUGUAUGGCCCCUUUAUCAUCCAUGAUGAAUUCUGUUCAAGAGCCACAAGAAGGAAAACUACAGGACGGCAGAAGCGCGGACAAAGAAGAGGCUCAGAACAACGAUAAAGCGCCUGUCAAAGGAUGUAAAAGCAAAACUUUGAGUCUUCCGUUCAGUGUGGAGUCUUUAAUAUCAGACAGAACGAACACAAGGACUUUAUACACAUCAUCUGAAUCGGGUAUUAUAUCUCCGACAUCUGGUGCAGAUGAGAGACUGAGGCUCUCGCCCAUGGCUCUUUACGCAGAUAGGAAAAUCCCAAACGAGAGCGUCUCCAACUUAUCCGACUGCAAGGGAGGAGAUAUGGAGGAACUUACUAACAAGGGACAGUCGGGCUGGUUUCAGACAACUUCGUACACUUCUCCGCCAAGACACUCAAGUCCACCCCCGUGUACCCUCAGAAAACACAAGAACAACCGAAAACCGCGGACCCCGUUCACCACCUCGCAGCUACUUGCUCUGGAGAGAAAAUUUCGUCAAAAACAGUAUCUUUCCAUUGCAGAAAGAGCGGAAUUUUCCAAUUCACUUAAUCUUACUGAGACUCAAGUUAAAAUUUGGUUUCAAAACAGACGGGCGAAGGCAAAAAGACUUCAAGAGGCCGAGUUGGAGAAACUGAAACUUGCAACCAAGCCCUUACUACCAGCGUUCGCCUUUCCGUUCCCACUAGGGACACAUGUUGGUUCUCCAUCCCUCUACGGACCGUCAAGUUCCUUCCCUAGACCUGCGUUACCCGUCCCAGGACUUUUUGGUGGGCCAGUGACCUACGGAAUGUAUUAUUUGUCUUAACCCGACGAAGCACGUUUUUCAUAUAAUUCACUGUCUGGCAGUCAAAAGACGAGUGAAAUAGCAAAUCUGUUCUUUUUUAAAUAACUUCAUCAAAUAUCCAACUUAAAAAGAAAUGCAUAUUGUCAUCUACACAGUUUAUGCCAAAUUAAUUCCAGAAUUGGCUUAAAACGUUAGAAAUAGCCUAGAAAAAGAGUGCAAUGUGUCUUCCCCUGAAUACUUUAUUUUGUAAUUUAAAACAACGCAGACAUUCAACUGUGUGUCUUUUUUCCCUUGAAGAAAUUUAUUUCCAAGAGAUUAUUUCUAUGUAAAUUUAGAAAAGUUUAGGACAUCGUCACUUGUUGAUACGCGACGUGCGAGAAAACAACUUUUGAGUUGUGAAUGGCAUGGUCAGAAUAUUACACUAAAAUACAAAUUCUUUUAGUUCAACUACGAAAUUUUCAUUACUUGGCUAUAAGCUAACUAAUUCGGCACUAAAUGGACAGUAAAUUAUUAUUCAAACGAAUAGGCCUGCAUGUCGUUUCUUUAUGAAAACCAAAAAUAUUGUAGCCUUAUUUUUGACACAGAUUGUUCCCAGCAAUCAUUUUUGAAAUGUACACUGCUAACGGAUUUAUUUUUGUUGUCAACAAUUUGACAAUACCCAAUUUAGUUUAAACUACGUUGCCCAUUUCAUUGAUUUUUUUAGUACAAGGAAAAACUACAUGCAGUCAAACAGCAUCUCCGUUAUCCCAUAAUUUACUUUACAUUUAGCCUACUCCCAAACCAUAGUUUAUUUUUUCAUUCUGUUGGUUUAUAGAGCAUUUUGGCCUGUGUUUGAUUUCUCAUCUGUUUAGAAAUAAUCCCUUAAAUAGGCUACAUGUAUGCUAGUUUGUAAGAUUAAUCUCUAGAUUUAUUAUUGUAAAUACACGUAUAUUUUACAGAUUUUGCAUUCCUUUUUUGAAUAAAUUGCAAAUCGGAUUGCUGAUAUUUAUACACUGUUUACAUGUAUCUUCUGUAAAUUAUUGUAUAUUUUAUAUGUACAUACAAAUUAGAAAAAUAAUCUUUUGCAUUAAAAAACAAUAAAUCUCACAGAGACUAAUAUGUACACUGUCAUUACUAAGAUGUUGAAAACAAAAUUCAAGAAAACAAUAUAACUUAAUCCUCAAAAUGUUUUUAUUCUUUUCUAUUCUUGUUCCCUUUUUUCAUACCCUUUAUAUGCAUAGUUUUUUGUUUUAUUGUUGCAAUUUAACAAGCUGUUUCGUAUAGUAAAAUAUUUCAGGAAUCCGACAGUAUUUGAAAUAUAAGAAAAUAGCGCAAAAUGCACUAUAUGGUACAGGUUUAUUUCUUUCAGAAGUCACGGAAAAAUUAUUAAAGUUAUAAAGAAUAUAAAUAAAAACUUUUAAGUUUUACGUUAAACAUUAUUGCCACUAAAUUAAUAAACCAAGGUCAGCACGUGCAGCAUAAAAACUUCAUGAGGUAUGUUUAUUGCAACAAAAUGAAACUAAUUUGAUAUAUAGUCGUUGCAAUUACUUUCAUUACUUGUAUAGUUUAGCAUCGCAAACGAGAAAUCAAUUUGCGCCGCUUGUUGAAAGCACAUAAACUGUUACACAAUAAAACUUUUAGACUCCAUCAAUAAAAUAUAUAUUAAAAUAUUUAAUAUUAAAAUAUUAUGACUUUAGCUA